AUGGGCGCUCUUCCUUGGCUGCUUCUUUUCCUGCUACUCCAGGGCGCCACAGGGAACUCUGGAGAUGAUGCGGAUACGGAGGAAGUAGUUGCGAUCCUUCAGGAGUCCAUCAGCCUCCCCCUGGAAAUCCCACCGGAUGAAGAGGUUGAGAACAUCAUCUGGUCCUCUCAGAGAAGGCUGGCCACGGUGACGCCAGGGAAAGAGGGACAGCCAGCGACCAUCACCGUGAUUGACCCUCACUACCAGGGUCGAGUGAGCUUCCUGGAGCCCAGCUACUCUCUGUACAUCAGCAAUGUGAGCUGGAAGGACGCAGGGUGUUACGAAGCCGAAGUCAACAUGAGGACAGCUCAGCUGUCAACCACCCAGCUGUACAAUCUACGCGUCUACCAACGGCUGUUGAAGCCCAGAAUCACUGUGAACUUUGAGAUCUCUGGGGAAGGUUCCUGUAAUAUGUCCCUGACAUGCUUUGUGGAGAGAGGAGGCAUGGAUGUGACCUACAGCUGGCUCUCCUGGGGGGACAGUGCUGGCACAGCCCACGAAGGCCCCAUCCUCAGAACAUCCUGGAGGCCUGGGGACAGUGCUCUUUCCUAUACCUGCAGGGUCAGCAACCCCAUCAGCAACACCAGCUCCCAUCCUAUCCCUGCUGGGUCUUUCUGUGCAGAUCCUGGCUAUCCUGAGAAGUCUUCAACAGUCUUCUGCCUCCUGGCUAAGGGACUGCUGCUCCUCUUGCUCUUGGUAAUUCUAGUGGUGAGCCUCUGGGUCAUCAGAGUCUACAAAAUGCCAAGGAUGAGGUAUCUCAAGAGAAACAGAAUGAGACUGAGGAAAAGGGGGAAGGCUGGCCCCAUCCCAGCCUGACCUGGGUCUUGACUCUGGCUUUUCUUUCCAGCUCUGGGGAUCUUAUGGCCUGGUGGGCAGAGGGGAAGCAGGGGUUCUCAGGGGUGGAUACUCAAAGGACCAUAUUUUCCAAGAGAARACCACCUGGCAAUAAAAUCAA